UCUAUUUUGCGGGCAAAAUGUCGCUGUUCUUGAUUGUCAAGCUAUUUUCUCAUCGUAAUGUUCCGUUCUGGCGCAUAGUAUGUAUGAAACGCCGUGGUUUGGCGUGUGCGUUCUAUUUUAUUUUAGACAAGACUUGACGGCUGUUUAAAAAAACUUCAUGGCUCUUUGUUCGAUUUUGUUAUACCAUUGCUUAGGUUUUUCGUAAACAACACGAACAAAACAACGUGAAAUUUCAAUGAAGUGGGUGGAAAAUCGUUAUUGUAUCUAGUGAAAAACCUAGGCAUUUCAUCAAGACCGCCUAAACGUUGAACUACAUCACGGUACUCAAUGGAAGAAAAGAUGGAGAGUGAACACAGUUACAGUGGGGAGAGCAGCAGCUCUUCCGAAUCAUCAAGCGGCAGUUCGGAGGGAGAUGAUGAGGUGAUGGAGCCGGUGCGCAUCAUGGGCCAGUCCUUGGAGCUCCCACAAGAGCUCUGCGAAGACUACUCUGUAUUCAAAGAGUUUUUUUCUAUGAAGACUUGGGAUGCUUUGGAAGAUAAACACAAGGAAGAACUAAGUAAACUCCUGCCCAAAUUCACUGAAAAUGAGGAAGAAGAAAAGGAGAAAACUAUAAAAAUGCUUUUUAACCAUGAGCCUUUUCAUUUCACAUCACCUCUUGGUGAUUUUUAUAACAAUUUAAGACAGGGUAACUACAGACCAGAUAUAGCUAAAAUGAGAAAGUUUUUAAUGAAAGCAAGAGCUAAACAACAGAAGCAUAAGAUGAAGUCAUAUUAUGCCAAAAUAUUACCAGAAGUAUUAAUAUCCCGUGAGAGAUUACUAGCAGCUGCCAAAGCGGCUCCCCCAGGACCAAUACCACGCCUUCCUUUAUUGCCGCCAAAACCUUCAUCCAAGAAUAACUUCAAACCAUUAUAUUUGAGAGCUAAACAGAGAUAUUUUGAAGAGUUGGCAGCUAUCCGGGGUGAAGUGGGAGGAGAUGAAUCUGAAGAUGAGAACUAUCCGGAAGGUCCACCAGAGCAGUCUAUGAGGAAAAGAAAACAAGUGACCCCUGGCCAAAUGGCUGAUGGCAAUGUAUCUGGGACGUUAGGUGGUUCAGAUCAGUCUAACUUAACGUCUUUGGAAUGUUUAAAGAAUGUUUUGGCAGCACAUAGGACAAGAAGGCAAUAUAGAGAGAAUCAUCCAGAACUAAAUACAUCAGGCAUAACAUUAGAUGACAUCAAGCAGAGAGUGGCUCUUGUGAAUGGUGCUAAAAAGCUUAUGUUCGGAGGCCAAAAGAGUGGAUCACCACUACAAAAAUUAAGGAGAGGUCCAAAGAAAGAUGGUAUUAGUAAAAGUAAAGCCUCUGACAAAACAGUCAAAAAGGGCAAGGAGGAAUCAUAUGAGAGUGUUGAAAAUAAACCUUUACUGCCAAAUAUAAAGAUUAAAUGUGAAAGAGAAGAGUCUGAUUCAGAAAGCUCAUCAUUUGUAGACCCCAUUACUAGUCCUAAGUCCUCUAAGAAGGUUGACCAAGUUGAAAUUAAGCAGGAAGUUAUUGAUAAAUACCCUAGUAAUAUGUCAAACCUCAACUACAACGAUGCAAAGUUAGAGAGCAUAGUUAAACAAGAGCCUCCAGAUACUAUGAUGCCAAUGCAGAAUUCUGCACGGGCAGCCAUACAUCAGGCAGUGCCAAUUAAACUGGAGGAUUUGGAUGGAAUUGGUAAGUUACCAAACAUACUUGAUAAUAAGUAUGAUAAUCUUGCUGCAAGAGCCUCUGCACAUCAAGCAGUUCCCAUCAAACUGGAAGACUUGGAUGGUAUUGACAUGAUGGCAUUACCAGUAGAAUUAGCAGACGAUUCCGGUGAAGUGAUCCAAGUGGAGACAUCUACGGAGACAGUGGAGGAAUCACCUGUGGACCCUGACGAGUCUCUGACGGAGACGACUCACGCGAACUUCUUGUCGCUCGUACGUGCGUUGUUCCCCGCGCGGGCUGCACAUCGCGCGUCGAAGCAGCAGUUGCACGCGCGAUGUGCGGCGGUCAUGCGGUCGCCUAUAGCGCCGCUCAAUACUUGGUAUAAUUUAUCUGAUGAUUGGUGUGGAGAAUUAGAUUCAGCUUUAGACUUCCUUGCGGGGGAGAGAGGACAACAUCCAGAUGACUACGUUCCAUACCUACAAUUUUUGCCGGAAUCACAGAUGUAUCAAUGGAUCGGCGCGGGCCGUGACUGCGACGCUAUCUUAGGCCGGCUCUGUGAGCGCUGGCUCCGGGCUGCGUCGCCGCCGCCGCCCGCCAGUGAACCGCCGCCUCCUAGGUAUCCAACAACUUGGUCAGUCCGCCCUGCAACCGAAGCAGAAUUGGUUGAUUUCCGAGCUCAAGAGAGGCGGAGAUUUUCAACGGCAGCCAAACCCUUCACUUAUGUGCAGCAUGGCUACCGCUCGGUGGUGGGCCCGUGCGCGCGCGGCUGGGGCGGCGGCGGCGCCGUGCUGCAGGCCGCGCGCCCGCGCCACGCCGCGCUGCCCGCGCUCGUGCGCGACGCGCUCGCGAGGUUGCCCAACGGAGAGGGCACCCGCCACCACGUCGUCACGCUGCUCAGAAUGUCACAAUGGGUAGCUAACUGCAGUGAUCAAACUCUGCUGAGCGCGGUAUCUUCAGUAUUAGACAGACUUCUAUCCGCCAAGCGAGACCCUGUCGUGAAAUAUGACCAGAGAACGGCUGUGUGGACUUAUCUACAUAGGCAUAGGAGCGAAGAAGACUGGCUGAAGAUAUCGAGCGGUCGCGGUCGCAGCAGUAAGGUGGGCAGCAUGCUGCUGUCGCCCACGCCGCCGCAAGGCAAGCCCGGCCCGCCCGCGCCGCCCGCCCCGCCCGGGCCGCCGCGCGAGCCGCGACACACGUCGCCACAUGCCCUCACACAGAUGGAGCUAGAAGUCGGUAGUGUAGAAGAAGUCGUCGAAAAUGCAUCCGAUAGUGACGUAGACGUCGACGACAGUGGACAAACCUCCUCCGUCCCUCACCUUUCCUCGGCCCAACUACUAAUGCAAGCUACACAAGCUUCACAAGGCAAACAAGUCGCGUUACCGCCCAAACCGAAAGGGAAGCUUGUCGCCACGCCCCCUCCGAAAGCAAAGGUCAACGCCCCGCCGAAAACUGCCCCAACAGUCAAACAACCCGCAAAGCAAUCUACACUAAUGGCCCAAUCAGCUAAGCAAGCGAAUCUACUCGCUCAGGCUGUUAGACAGAGUACUGUGAACCAAGCGAAGCAGACCACAGUCAUACAACCGCCGAAACCUCCCCUCCCUCAGUCCCCUAAACAAACGACAGUCGCCCCUCAACCACCUAAACCUGCCAAUGUUCCUCAAGCUAAGCAAACGACGGUCAUAUCCCAAGUUAUUAAACCGAAUAUAGUGAAGCAAGCUACAAGUACUAAACAAGUCAGUCAGAUGCAGCCAGCUGCUCAGUCGCCGAAACAAACGCAACAGCAACAAACUAAACAGAUCAUUGUCAACCAGGCUGGUAAUCUAUCGGGACAGUUGUCGAAAUCUUUACCUUCAGUGGUAGCAACUCCACAUAAAUCUCCACUUAUAAAACAACGGCCGUUACAGAAAGUGGAAGGGUCACAAUCUCAGGUAAUAACGAGUACAGUUGCAAGUCAGCCUAGUUUACAAACCACCACUGUGAUUCAACCAACUAGUACAACUACUGUUCAAGUAUUACAAAAUAAGGUGACACAAGGAACGCGGUCACUCUUGAUACGACCAAGUCCGGUACAAACUACUGUCACGGCCGUAGUGUCCACACCAACUACUCAGGUAACACCGACGACGAGGCGUGGUGUUGUCAGAGUACUAAGUCCGGCCACUCCAGCAUCAGGAAAGUCGCUAAUAUCGCCGCGAGCGUUAAUGCAACAAGGUACACCCGCGGCUAAGAAGAGGCCCACAGUGCCAAAUGCUACGGCGGUUACAACUGUAGCGCAGAGCACGCUGGGUGCUACGUCAGUAGUAAGCAGCGCGGUGACGUCAGCGCCGCGAGCUGUGCCGCUGGCGGGCACCCGCACCGUGCAGUUAGCGGGUCAGCAUGUGCAGCUCGCGGGGCAGCACGUGCAGCUGGCGGGGCAGGCCGUGCAGCUGGGCGCCGGCCACACGCUGCAGCUGUCCUCGCUGCAGCUGCCCGUGCGCCUGCCCAGCGGACACACCGUGCAGCUCGCGGCGCCCGUGCGUCUGCCGCCGCGCCCGCCCCGCCCCGCCCCGCCCACGCACAUACCCGCCUCCACUGUCCAGCUCUCCGGACAAACCGUCCAGAUCGGCGGACAGAGUGUACAGCUCACCGGACAAAGUGUACAGUUAACUGGCCACACAGUCAAAUUACCCAGUGGACAAAGUGUUCAAGUAGCAAGUCAAAGUGUAUUGCCGUCGCAAAGUGUUCAACUACCCAGUGGUCAAACCGUCCAAUUAGCGAGUGGGAAUAUGCAAACUGUGCUUAGCGGAUCUAAUGUUCAAUUGUCAAGUCAAAGUGUUCAAAUGCCGAGUGGUCAGACUGUGCAAUUAGGAUCACAAACGGUGCAAUUAGGUGGUCAGACGGUGCAGCUAGCUGGGCAGGCAGUUCAGUUGCCUAGUGGACAAACGUUGCAGUUGUCUAGUGGUCAAACUGUUCAGUUGUCAAGUGGGCAGACAUUGCAGUUGGCCAGCGGGCAGACUGUUCAGCUCGCAAACCAAACACCGAAGUCGUUAGCGCAAGUGGUGCGGAGUCAGUCGGCUGGCGACAAGACAACUGCUGGCCAACCAAUAGUGGCGAAAUUAUUGACAAACGCCCAGCCACAGAUGGUGUCGCUGGACGCGCGGACGCUGCAGGUGUCGGGCAUGUCGGGCGUCAGGCCGCGCGGCGCAGUGCGGGUGCUGUCGCCCGCCACGAGGCUGUCGCGGCCGUUGCUGCUGACGUCUGCUAAGCCGCUGCAUAAUAUUAUAUUACAGCAAAGUGAUGGUAACACGGUAAGAGUGCCAUCGAGUGCAGCUACGCCAUCAUCACAGACUUUAGUUUUAAGUAAUAUAGGUGCACAAACUGUGUCAACGUCGACAACAUCAGCGCCAGUAUUAAAACUACAACAGGUGAACUCAAUACAACAGGUUAAACUCGCGCAGGGAAUUAAAAUUCAACAGGCCGUGACGAGUGCGUCGACGCCGACAUCUAGCGGCGUUCGCAGCGUACUAAUGGACGGGCAGCAACUGAAAUUGGUCGGCGGCAGACACGUACUCGCGCGAAUACUGCGGCCCGCUCACCCGCCCCAAUAA